CCCGACUUGAAAUUGCGGUGUUUGACGCAAGAAAAUAUUAGUACAUUGGUCAAAUGCGCUCGAAAAUUUGAUGUGUAUUGCGAAUGCUUGAAAGUUGACGGACAAAUCUCGAAACACUGACCUUCACGCGAGUAAAUAUAUUUUCCACGCGCAAAAGUCCAAAGUAAACACGAAAUUUCCUUCUUGAGGGAACGUUCACAAAGUAUCACGUUACCGAUAAAAGUCGUACCUUCUCGUUCCACUACGAUAUUAUUCCCGCAUGGAAGAGGAUCGGUUUAGUCAACCUCUAGGCCAACAUGGAUUGGAAAUCAACUAUGGAAAAUGGAAAAUAUCGGAAUUUGCAGGUUUAAGCGAGCAAAUUAUGGAAGAAAGUGAAUAUGAGUCCUUGCCGACAGAUAACCUUGGUGUACUUGUGAUGGCCGGUAGCUUUGCAGGAAUUAUGGAACAUUGCGUUAUGUAUCCUGUGGAUUUUGUAAAGACUCGAAUGCAAAGUUUAAGACCAGACAAAAAUGCAGUUUACCAAAGUGUAAGGCACGCUUUCAAGACAAUAUCUGUUAUGGAAGGUGGAAGGACCGUUAUUCGUGGUGUGAAUGUUGUAAUUGCAGGUGCUGGUCCAGCACACGGAGUUUACUUUUCCUCGUAUGAAGUGGCAAGAAAGGCACUUGGUAAUGUGCGAUCAGAUUCUGGCAAGAACAAUCCAUUCGCUAAUGCUGUGGCAGGAGCAAUAGCAACUUUUUGUCAUGAUGCAGUCAUGAAUCCUGUUGAUGUCAUCAAGCAAAGACUUCAAAUGUACGGAAGCCCUUUUCGAGGAGUCUUCGAUUGUGCAAGAAGUAUUUGGCAAAAGGAAGGCCUUGCUGCAUUCUAUCGUAGUUAUACAACACAAUUGAUUAUGAACAUUCCCUUUCAAAGUUUACAUUUUGUUGUGUAUGAACAUAUGAGGGAACUUUUGAACCCUCAACACGACUAUGACCCAAAGACACACCUUGUUGCCGGGGCAACUGCUGGGGCUGUAGCUGCAGCUGUUACAACCCCGUUUGAUGUUGCAAAGACAUUACUUAACACACAAGAAGAAAAUGCUGUUGGUGUCAUUGUGAGCCAAGGAUACAGACAACCUUAUGUAACUGGAAUGAUAGAUGCUUUGAGGACUAUCUACAAGCUUCAGGGGGGACGUGGAUACUUGCAGGGGCUCCAAGCAAGAAUUCUCUACCAGGCCCCAUCAUGUGCUAUAUGUUGGUCUUCAUAUGAAUUGCUCAAGUUUUGGUUCACAAAUAAAGACGAUUGUUCAUGCAUGGAGGUCAAGAAUAUUUCCCAGUGAAGAUAUGAUAUGUAAUAUAGCAUGGCGGGUGGGAUGCUUUUGUUAAUUUUUGAUUAUUAAUAUAGAAUUCUCAGGAAAAACUAUAGAAUUUUAUUGGACAAAUAUAGUAUGAUCUGAAAUAUGAUCUCAAUGAAAUAAAUCGUUGAAAUGCA